CGGUUGGCCUUGGCCACGCGGGACGCACCCACUGCGCUUUGCCUUCGUGGGACAGAUUUUUCACGCGCACCCACUUUAAAAAAACAACAAAAACCUCGCGUCUUCAUUAACUCUCUCCCUCUCUCUCUCCCACUAAUCUCACAGACUCCUCGCUCAGUCGCUUUGAGCCCACGCGUGGGACUCAAAAGAAGGAAAGGGGGACAGAAGUGAGAGGAGGAGGAGAAGCGCGCUGCUGGCUGGGAGACGAUAUUGAUUUUUCUUGUGAUUUCUGGUCCAUGGAUUUAAAACCGAUAAUACAACAUUUUCGUAAGUCCUCUUUCCCUCUGUUUUUUAAUGAUUAUUUUACCAUUUUGUUGCCAGCUCAAAAUCCAGUACAGCUCUUUGAAUAUCUUCAGUAAGAUUACUGAAACUGAAAACCAGUGCCAGAGACUGAGUGAAGACAGCAGUGUCUCCUGCUCAUGUCCACUUGUUUGUAUCUUUCCUGCUCUUCAUCACAGACUCUCAUGUCUUCCUCCAGGCUAGAAAAUCGAGUGAAGCAUGGGUGACUGGAGUUUUCUGGGGCGGCUGCUGGAGAAUGCUCAGGAACACUCCACUGUGAUUGGAAAGGUUUGGCUGACUGUCCUCUUCAUCUUCCGCAUCUUGGUGCUUGGCGCAGCAGCUGAAGAAGUCUGGGGUGACGAGCAGUCGGACUUCACCUGUAACACACAACAGCCCGGUUGCGAGAACGUCUGCUACGACGAGGCCUUCCCCAUCUCACAUAUCCGCUUCUGGGUGCUGCAAAUCAUCUUUGUCUCAACGCCCACCCUGAUCUACCUGGGCCAUGUGCUGCACAUAGUCCGCAUGGAGGAGAAGAGGAGGGAGAGGGAGGAGGAGCUCCGGAAGAUGGGGCAACACCAGGAAGAUCAUGACCCCCUCUAUCACAAUAGGAUCGGUGAUGGAGGGGGCGGUAAAAGGGAGAAGCCACCUAUUCGGGAUGAGCACGGGAAGAUCCGGAUCCGUGGGGCGUUGCUGAAGACAUACAUCUUCAACAUCAUCUUCAAAACUCUGUUUGAGGUGGGCUUCAUCCUGGGACAGUACUUCCUCUAUGGCUUCUACCUGAAGCCACUCUAUAAAUGUCGCCGCUGGCCCUGCCCCAAUACAGUGGACUGCUUCAUCUCCAGGCCCACAGAAAAGACCAUCUUCAUCAUCUUCAUGCUGGUGGUUGCCUGUGUCUCCCUGGUCCUCAACCUGCUGGAGAUCUACCACCUGGGCUGGAAGAAAGUCAAACAGGGCGUCACCAACGAGUUUGUACCUGACAGCGAGUCGCUGCCGUUGAGCAGGAAGGACCCCAGCGACCCGGACACGAUUCCUGAGCGGAAAGCUCCAUUGGUGCUCGACUGUUUGCCGGUGUACGCCACUGUGAGCAUCGUGGGGGGCGGAGCCUGCUGUCCAGAAGAAGCCUCACACACAAUAAUUACUUCAAACCCAAACAUGGCUGUCACCCCUGUGCCAGCCGAGGUCAAGAGGGAUGGCACAGAUUUCCACCCAGAUGACUUCCUGUUGGAGAACCUGUCUGCUUCGUUUUAUGGCGGCAGAGACAAUAUGAGCAUCGGAAGCCAGGGGCAGCUGACUGCUCUGGAGCAGAACUGGAACAACAUGGCACUGGAGCUCUACAAUCAGAAUGGAAAGUGCUCCCCCUCCUCCUCCCCCUCCUCCACCUCCUCCUCAUCCUCCACUCCUCAGGAGGAGGCGACCCUAACACCGGAAGAAGAACGCUCCAUGUUUCCUACACUCCCUCGUAAUACCCCUCUUUACUCCCUCAUGCAGGAGGAGACAGCGGUGGACGGGGAAAACGCUGUGACCACAGCACCUGGUCUGCUCCCACAUGAUGACUUUACCGUGGUCACCUGGGCACAGAUGCAUCAGCCUCCAUCUGCUGCAGCGUCCGACGCCUGGAAGUCCAGUCGCGCCAAUAAGAGCAGCAGCGUCAGAGCUCGACCUGAUGACCUGGCAGUGUAGCUAAAACACACACACACACACACACACACACACACUCAUACACGUAUACACAAUCUGACGUACACACUGUAUACGCAGGAAAUCUACACAACCGCAGCACACAAAAGACUGAUGCUCUGCCAGGCAGAAGAUAAACAGGUGGCUGCUAAUCUCAGAUUUAUGAAGCAGAAAUAGGAAAAAGCAGGAGUUUGGCCAGAUUACACUGAGUGAGUUCCCUCUGCUGAAGCUCUGUUUACCAAUCAGUAGUGAUAUGUCAACUUUGAAAACAUUAGUUUAUGCAGGCUUUGCUCCAAAAUCCUCCAGUGAGAGAUCUGGAAUCAUUUUGUUUUGUUUUAUCGUUUCCCUACAUUUUAAAAUGAAGUCAAUUUCACUCAUUUAAAUGCAAGUGUUCAUAAACCAGUGUCAAAAUGGCUGCAAAGCCACCACGACUAACUAAAAAUCAUUUCAUUUAUGUAGCAUGUUUCAUUUACAUCAGAGGAGAGGUUUGCACUCUUGUUUUAUUUUAUCUUGUGUCAGGAAGCUGUGUGUCUGAAUCAGUGAGUCUGUGUUUGUUUCAGUGAAGAGAGGGAUGCACUCAUCAGUCCCACCCUGUGCAUGUGUGUGUGUGUGUGUACUUGUAUUUAUAACUUUGUGAGGCUCAAAAAACAUACAUCUAUCUUUGUGGGGACAUUUUAUUUGGGC